AUGAGUCGUGAAAAAAUUAAAAUAGUUGCAAUACUUGUAUUAAUAUGUAUACAUGUAUCAGUUCAAGUGAAAAAACAGAAAACACAUCUCCUAACAGACAUAAAUGAUAUAAAGGAGUUCAAAAAGUUAUUGAGGACUAAGACUAAUGUGUUGAUUCUAUUUAUGAAUGCGCCAAAGUCAUCACAAUCUAUAUUAGCUGUUUUUAAAGAGACUGCAGAUGCUAUGAAAGGUCAAGCAACAUUGGUGUCAAUUGAUUGUAGUAACAGUGAAAGCAAAAAAUUGUGCAAAAAGUUGAAAGUAGGUUCCGACAAGCCGUAUUAUAUUAAACAUUUCAAAGACGGCGAAUAUCAUAAGGAUUAUGAUAGGAGCGAGACAGUAUCGUCUUUUUCAAACUUCCUCCGCGAUCCGACUGGUGACUUGCCGUGGGAGGAAGAUCCUGAGGCAACCGAUAUAUUUCAUCUCCAGGACGGAGAGGCGUUAAUGAAAUUCCUAAGAAAAGGUGCAGCAGCUUACAAAAAGUCUUUGAUCAUGUUUUAUGCACCGUGGUGUGGUUAUUGUAAAAGCUUGAAGCCGGAGUAUGUUGCUGCAGCGGGAGAUUUAAAGGGCGAAGCACUACUAGCUGCAAUUGAUGUCUCUAAGCCUGGCAAUUCUCAAAUAAGGCAGUUGUACAACAUAACCGGCUUCCCCACCCUUCUAUAUUACGAGAAGGGUCAAUAUCGGUUCGCAUACAACGGCGACAACAAGCGACAGGCCAUAGUGGAUUUCAUGAAGGACCCAACAUCUCAAGUGCAGCAGAAGAAAAAAGAAGUGGCCGAGGAGAGCUGGUCCCAGGAUUCGGAUGUGAUUCAUUUGACAGCGGAUACAUUUGAUAAUGUAUUGACUAAGGCUGAACAUGCACUUGUGGUAUUCUAUGCUCCGUGGUGUGGACACUGCAAGAGGAUUAAACCAGAGUUUGAAAAAGCAGCUACGAGGAUUAAGGAUGAAAAAAUCAACGGCGUACUCGCAGCUGUCGACGCCACCAAGGAGCCCGAGCUUGCCUCCCGCUUCGGUGUCAAAGGUUACCCCACUCUGAAGUACUUUAGCAGAGGCGAGUUCAAGUACGACGCCGGACACGCAAGACAAGAGGAGCAAAUUGUGAACUUUAUCAAGAACCCACAAGAGCCCCCACCCCCACCGCCUCCAGAGAAGCCAUGGUCCGAAGAGGAAUCACACGUGCGACAUUUAAACGCUUCGACCUUCAGGAACACGCUGAGGAAAAUUAAGCACGCUGUUGUCAUGUUUUACGCUCCAUGGUGUGGCCAUUGCAAAAGUACGAAACCCGAGUUCGUAAAGGCGGCGGAACAGUUUGCCGACGAGCUCACUGUAGCCUUUGGCGCUGUCGACUGUACGGCGGAGCAAAAGCUUUGCUCCAAUUACGAAGUACGAGGCUAUCCCACCAUCAAAUACUUCAGUUACUUCGAUAAGUUGGUGCAAGAUUACACCGGCGGUAGGAAGGAGGGAGACUUUGUCUUGUUCAUCAAUAGCCAGCGCGGGAAACACGAGGAGACGAAGAAAUCCACGAAGACAAAUCAGGACGCCGGUUUUGGUACCAACGUUCAACUUGCGACCGAUGACGACUUUGAGAUGAUCAUAUCUUCCCCAAAACCCACUUUCGUCAUGUUUUACGCUGUCUGGUGCAGCCACUGCGUAACCGCAAAGCCGGCAUUCAGCCGUUUAGCGACCACCUUAAAGUCGGACAACUGGCCCGUUAAAGUCGUCGCCGUGGAGGCGUCCGACAAUCCGAAAGUGGCCGACUUUGCCCACGUCGAGACGCUGCCCACUUUCAAGAUGUACGCAGCUGGGAAACACGUGGCCGAUUACGAAGGCGACAGAACCACAGAGGAUAUGCUCAAGUUUUGUAUGUCUCACGUAAAAGUUAAGGACGAGCUGUGA